AUGAAAAAGGCAAAAGAGUUUUCUAGACGAAACGAGAACAGAGAAGGAAAUAGAGUGAGGAGAAGAAUGGACUUACUGGAGAUGUUGAGGUGUGCUAUGAAUGAGGAGCGUCAGAAAUUUUUGACGAGUUUUCGGAAGAAAAAGGGCAAGAAAGAUGAGGAGGAAAAGGAAGCAUUACCAGCAUGCUUUGUUAACAGUUUUAAGACCAGUUUUGCAAAUGUCGUUUUAAUGAUUGUUUUGAUUGCUUCGACAUUGUUCGUGGGAAGAAUUGCAUCUUUCUUUGAUAAAAUUGUAUUGCUAGAGCUACUCAAUGAGUAG